CACACAAAGCUCUUGCGUUUCCGGCCAGCUCAGCCCGUCAGCCCCGUCAGCAGCCCUCUGAGUGGUGUGUUGUCAGUUUACAGCCUGUCAGACUCGACUGGUACCAGUUGACCUGUGAAACGCUUUACUGGGCAGCGGAGAGAAACCCGUCCGGACCUCAGAGGACACAGAAGAGAAGAGAUGGUGCUGCUGACGAUGAUCGCGCGGCUGGCGGACGGACUGCCGCUAGCCGCCUCGAUGCAGGAGGACGAGCAGGGAAGCGAAAAGUUGGGUCGUGACCUUCAGCAGUAUCAGAGUCAAGCUAAGCAGCUCUUCAGGAAACUCAAUGAGCAGAGUCCCACACGCUGCACUUUAGAGGCCGGCUCCAUGGCAUUUCACUAUUUUAUAGAGAAAGGCGUGUGCUACCUCGUGCUGUGUGAAGCCAGCUUUGCUAAGAAGCUGGCCUUUGCUUACCUUGAAGACCUGCAGGCAGAGUUCCAUGAGCAGCAUGGAAAGAAGGUCCCCACAGUUUCCCGGCCAUAUUCCUUCAUUGAGUUUGACACCUACAUCCAAAAAACCAAGAAGUCGUACAUUGACAGCCGAGCAAGAAGGAAUCUGGGCAGCAUCAACACAGAGCUCCAGGACGUCCAGAGGAUCAUGGUGGCUAACAUAGAGGAGGUGCUGCAGAGAGGAGAGGCUCUCUCUGCGCUGGACUCCAAGGCCAGCAACUUGUCCAGCCUGUCGAAGAAGUACCGCAGCGACGCCAAGUAUCUGAAUACCCGCUCCACCUAUGCCAAGCUGGCAGCCGGCGGCGUCUUUUUCAUCAUGCUCAUUGUCUACGUACGCUUCUGGUGGCUCUGAGAGAGAGAAAGGAGACGAAGAUGGAGGAAGGAGGUAUUGAAGUGGAAAAUGAGCUGCACACACACCGAGUCUGCAGACAUUAAGAAAAGCCGUCACCUUUGACUAAAAAAAAAAAACAGGAUCCCUGCUCUUAAUAAGACUUUGCAGACCAUACCACCACCGCCCAUUUUGUUCUCGCCUGUCCAUGGAUGUGUGAUCUGAAUAUAAAUGAUGUCAUAAUAUUAUUAACAAUUAUACAGUAAUAGCGCUAGUAGUUGCCCUGGAGAGAUAGGUUAAGAGGAAAUGAGUGAAUGUGUGUGUGUGUGGAUUGAUUGCUCUGUUUUUGUAGGUGAUUGGUUUUGAAGUGUGGAGAGAAAAUGAAGAGGAAAAAGAAAUGUCCUGUUUUUGUGAGUUUCCAAAGCUGUACUCUACUGUACUGUAACAGGACUGAUUUAAUCUUGCAUACUGUCUCAUAAUACAGAGAAAAACAACAACAAAAAAACAUAACUUUAUUUAUCCUCAGCACAUCAUAUGCAUUAACAUUAUAAUCGCAGUAGUGAUGGCUUGAAUGGCCUCAACAACGUACAGUAUGUACCACAGUAAGAAAACAGAAAACAUUGCAUUCAUUGUUUUAGUUGAAUCGGCUCAGCAACAAAGUAGGAGAGUAAUUUAAGUAGACUGAGUUUUUUUUAUAUAUAUAUAUUAUAUGGAAGCCUUGCAAAACGCUAAUUCACCUUUGUCUAAUUUAGCAGAUGUUUUUCACCAUUAUGGGAUGUCAGUGUCCCUAUAAGGGACUGUACAAAAAUUAUUAUGGUGUCAGAAAAGCAGGAAGGGUAAUGUUUUUUUUCUUUUCUUUUUGCUGAAAGGAGGGUCGGUUCACUCGUCCGAACCAUUCGCGAGCCGAGCACGGCCGGAGCUCACGGCUGUCAAUCAUGACGUUGCACUCCCUUUUUAUAGCAUCAAAUAACUCAUUAAAGCCAAACUUAAACAUACAUCAGCGUGAUAAGAACUACCUAAAAUAACAGAAAUCAUCUUUGGGCAAUCUAGAUGUUUUGGCUUCACGUUAUAGGAGCUGUCAUGUCGUCCGUCUUUAUAUACAGUUUAUGGAUCAAAUAGUCAUAAAACAUUGUUUAGUGUGCACAGUGGGUCAUAAAGGUGCCCUUUAACACAUGCAGAGGACAACGAUCCUGACACAGUUUUAUUUUACAUUUUUCCCCUCACAGUGAGCUAGCUAACUGUAAUGUGUCAUAUGAAGUUGACCUAUGUUAUAGUUCAAGUUUAGACUAUUAGUGUCUCUUUAUUCUAAAAUAGAGCAACACGUUUUCUUCCCAACUUGUCUACUACUAUCUUUGUAAAGUUAAACUGAAACUGAACGUUGUGAACACGGGACACGAACGAAACAGCUGAUUGUAACGUGAAAGUGAAACUUUACGCACAUGAUGCGAACAGCGGUCUCCUUGUUGAAAGCCUUGUGUUUGUUGGACCCAUACACCUCAACUCCUGCCCAUCCUUAGUGUGUCUUUUGUGCUUUUUAAACUACGUCACCACAGUCUUUCUUUGAGCGUUUACUGUAGCUGCGGAAUGGUUUACAUUGUAGUUAAUGGAAAGCCCGAUGCGUCUCACACUGGCGCUUUGUGCGGCGGUAUGACACGCCAACGGACGUGAUAAAGCUUCGGUAUUUGAUGUCCUGGGAAUGACAACGGGCUGGAGAAACAGAAAAUAGAUAUUCAUGUUUACAGAUAAUACAGAUUAAAUGAUCUCUACCAGCGGUAGUUCCCCCCCCUUCACUUUAGCCUUCAUCACAACAAAAAGUUUAAUGUGUCAUAUAAAGUUAGCCUAUAUUAUCAUUCAAGUUUAGCCUAUUAGUUAGUAUCUCUUUAUUCUAAAACAGAGAGUGGCUGGAAUAUUCAUAGGGGAGGGCCCAAAGAAAAUAUAUGGGAGGACCUUGUUUUGUUUUUUUUCCCUCCAAAUAAUUUGCGUACAGUCCCUAACCUGACCUCAACAGAGUGUAUCCAUACUCCCUUUAUGCUCUCUUGCACCGUGACUGUGUGGAGCAGCACCUUUAUGUAAGCAGGCAUACACAAAAAAACAAAAAGAUGUCUGGUUGGGUCCUUUUUAUUUUCUAUAAUGUUUCCACGUGUAGACUUCAAUUUAAAAGUGGAUUCAGGCUGAGAGUCCCGGGUGCUCCCGGCUGGAAAGGACACCGUAUCUUGUUCUGUUCUGUCUGCUAUCUAUGAAUAAAAUCAUUUGCACAAAA